UGUGUGCCUCCGUCUACGUCAUACAAUAACAAGGAAGUUGCGGUCAAAGAACAAACGGCCCGAGUCCAACCAGGUGUUUAGGUGAUUUACUCGUUUGUUACCACUUUUUUAUGGUCUCUAUGUGAGCACUGAAGAAUAAAACAAGACAGUAUUCAUGUGAAGUGCCGCCUCCACCGCCUCGGUCCGCUGUAACGAGAUUUCUUCUACGUGUGUUUAUCCUCUGAACCAUGGAGCGGUACAUACUCCACAGAGUCAUCGGUGAAGGCUCCUUCGGUCGGGCUUUGUUGGUCCGCUGUAAAUGCAGUCAGGAGGAGUAUGUGGUGAAGGAAGUCCAGCUGCCAAAGAAUCAGUCCAAAUUGGAAAAAUCGAGGCGAGAAGCCGUCCUGCUGUCCAGAAUGAAACAUCCUAAUAUUGUGGCCUUCAGGGAGGCAUUCGAAGCUGAUGACCUCCUGUGUAUUGUUAUGGAGUACUGCAGAGGAGGAGACCUGCUCCAGAGGAUCCGCCAGCAGAAGACAGCGCAGUUCCCUGUUGAUGAUAUCUUGAGGUGGUUUGCUCAGAUGUGUGCUGCGACAAAGCAUGUCCAUGAUAAACGGGUUUUGCACAGAGAUUUGAAGUCCAAGAACAUUUUCCUGACAGAUAAUGGGACAAUCAAGCUCGGGGACUUUGGAUCAGCGUGUAUUCUGAACAGCUCCAAGGCCUACGCUCAUACAUAUGUUGGGACACCAUACUAUGUGGCUCCAGAAAUCUGGGACAACAAGCCGUACAACAAUAAGAGUGAUGUGUGGUCUCUGGGCUGCGUUCUCUACGAGCUCUGCACCCUGCGACACCCGUUCCAGGCGCCCAGCUGGAAGAACCUGAUUCUAAAGGUGUGUCGGGGUGCGUACCCUCCCCUCCCCAGUCACCUACCCUACGAGCUGCAGUAUUUGAUCAAGCAGAUGUUUAAGACAAACCCAAAGGACAGGCCGUCCCUGCACACCAUCCUCACCUCUCACCGGGUGGCCAGACUCCUGCGUAAACAUUUGUCCUCCCAGGCGAUAGAGGCGGAGGAGCAGGGGAGGCGGACGGGUCGGUGGGACAGAGAAGAGGGAGUGAAGGUGGCUAACCUUCUGGGAGAGAAGAGUUUAAUAAAAACAUCAACGUCUGAAGGUGUGGAGUUACCUGGAGCCCACUGUGAAAGCAGAGAGCCGGCUCCUAGAAAACAGUGGCGUGCUGAUCCGUCAGACUCCGUGGUGCAGAUGUUGGCCAAUGCCAGCCUCAUCUCAUCUGAAAGCAUGACGUCAACCAGCCAGACUCUCGCAGGUGUGUCAGAGGAGCCAGAGGGCAGCAGGCAGAGGAGACGAUGGGACAAAGAUCCUCCUGAGAGGCUUCUGAGUCUGCUGGAGAAGGCCCGGCUGAGCAGAGCCUCCAGCACCUUCUUAAUCAACAGAGGAGGUGAAGACCCUCUGGUGGGACCCUUGUCUCAGCCGCAGGGUGACGACACCGACGGUCCUGAGGCAGCAGUGGCCAUAGAUGAGGACCGGCUUCAGCCUCGCUCUGAUGACGAGGACACAGACUUUGAGGAAGAAUCUCCGUGCGACUGGAUGGAUGAAGCUGAGAAAAUGUUUUCAGAACACUAAAGCCUCCUUUGCUGUCGUUAUUAAUGUUUACAUUUGAUAAAAAACAGUUCGCAUGUGCCAAAAUCAUUUCACUUGAUGUUUUUAAGUCCCGGUAUUAUAAAUGAGGAGCAAUUUUUUAUAGCAGGUUUAAUACAAGUUUACAAAACCCAGCUGAGCUCAAAGUUGUUGUUUUUUUUUUAUCUUUGCUGUUAUUUGAAGCUUUACACAAACGUUCUGCAGCAAAACAUCGAAAUUUAAAUUGAAUGUGGUUCAGCUUGUUGUCGUAAAGCCUUUUUUCACACAG